UCUGCGUUGCAGAGUUUAUCGCGUAACACGGGACGCUGUCAAAAAGUGGCAGAAGGUUCCUGAAGGCCAUGGGUUCCUUGUCAGCCGCCAGCGCUCUUCUGAUCCGGAGCGUGUGCUGGUGACAGGGACAUGGGCCUCUUCCUCAGGGCUUCCAGCACGCUCAACACAAGCGACAACCUGGUCCACAGCUCCACUGACAGGGACGCGGGCUUCACCCUUCUCGCCAGGGCGGCGCCAGCACCGGCCCGGCACGCAGCACAACACUGGGUCCCAAGCUCCUGGUAGACGCUCCAAGUAGCCUUCUCUAAUGAGGAUGUCCGAGACUGUCGCUGUAAAGGACACGAGUGAAACUAUGAGAGGUCUGGAGGCGGAGGAAAGCCGCUCAACACCAGGGGCCAACAGCCUCACAGAGUCUGAGAGCCGGGAGCAGACCGAGCCAGACGGGGAAGAGAACUGCUGCGAUGACAAAAGUGAAACGCAGCAGCAAACACCUGGACAAAGUGCAAAGAGACCCAAGUCUAAUGCAAAGUUAAAGUUAGUUCGGAGCCUGGCCAUUUGUGAAGAACCCUCUUCUCCCCUAAAUACCUCUGAUCUGCCUCCAGAACAUCAGGAUGAAAUUCAAAUCAAGCUCUCCCAGUCAUUUGACAAAGAGGAUGCUCCAGCCAAUAAGAACGAAGAUGACAAGGACAAACGCGUAGACAAGCUGGAGAAACCGGAGAUGUCGUCCCGCAAGAUGCUGUCAAGAGAUUCCAGUCAAGAAUAUACAGACUCUACUGGCAUUGAUCUACACGAGUUCUUGGUAAACACAUUGAAAAAUAACCCCAGAGACAGAAUGAUGCUGCUGAAGUUAGAACAGGACAUUCUGGACUUUAUCAGUAACAAUGAAAGCCAGAGGAGAAAAUUCCCCCCCAUGACCUCCUAUCACAGAAUGCUCCUGCACCGUGCAGCUGCCUACUUUGGUUUGGACCACAAUGUCGACCAAACGGGCAAAUGUGUGAUCAUCAACAAAACUAGCAAUACAAGAAUACCAGAUCAGAAGUUCUCUGAGCACAUCAAAGAUGACAAGACUGAUGAUUUACAGAAGCGCUAUAUCUUAAAAAGGGACAACUCCAGCAUAGACAAAGAUGACAAUAUGAUGCGAAUGAGAUUGAAGGAGGACAGGAGGAGUAAAUCAAUAGAGGAGCGGGAGGAGGAGUACCAGAGGGCCAGGGAGAGAAUAUUUGCUGAUGGCUUGGACACUUUCCAACUUGAUAAAAGGAUUCAGGAAGAUGAUGCUUGUGACAGCACUCAGCAGAGGAGACAGAUUUUUAGGUCGAAAGAUGGUCGGUCGUGUAACAGCCGGCAGAGCAGCUCAGAGAAUGAGCCAAAGUACUCUGAGCCACGGCCCUGGAGCAGCACGGACUCUGACAGCUCCAACCGCAACCUCAAGCCUGCCAUGACCAAGGCCAGCAGUUUCAGUGGAGUGUCCGUGCUGAUCCGCGGAGACAGCUCCAGCAGUAGCAGAAGUGCCGGCCGCCUUUCCAAGACAGGUUCCGACUCUUCUAGUAGUGUAGGUUCAUCCACUGGCUCGCUGUCUCGCUCCCAGCCUCCCCCUGCUCCUGGGCCGGCCCUGACCCAGCCGCGCUCUGCCGCGCCCUUGGCCUACCCUGCCGUCAGCACUAGUAGCAGUCUGUCCUAUGAGGGCGGCAGGACCGGCUUGCCGGCGACUGCGGCUCACGCUAGCUACUAUUUGCUUCCGCUGGAAGCCGCAGGGAUACCACCUGGGAGUAUCCUGGUCAACCCGCACACAGGUCAGCCUUUUGUGAACCCAGACGGCAGUGCCGUGGUCUACAGCCCCACCAUGCCUCCUCAGGCCUCCAGGCCACAGCAGCCUUUGCCCCCGCCUCCACCCCCACCCCCUCCACCCACUGGUCCCCACCAGCAUCAGUCCACCAAUCACAUCAUCCCUCAGCUCUGGCCCGUGCAGCCGUCUGCUCAGCCUGUGCAGUAUCCGACAGUCUCUUAUCCACCCCAGCUCCUCUCCGUCUCUCCUAACCAGCAGUACACUGUGCAAGAUAGCCUGGGAGCCCAGUUCAGCCACUUGAACUUGGCGCGGCAGCCGUCUGGGGAGAGCCGCGACGCCCACGCUGUCAUGUACCCCCCGUCUGUGGUGCUCCAGGGCCCCCCUCUGCCCCAACAGCCUGGCUACAUGGUGCCCUCUCCUAGCCAGAGCGUGCAUGGCCCUGCCUACUCUGCCCCGGGGCCUGGUCCUGCGCCUGUCAGCCAGCCAGUGAUGCAGCCACAGGGCUACCUGCAGCAGAUGCCAACGUGCUAUUGUGCACCAGGCCAGUGCCCUGUGUCCAGCCAGCAGUAUGGGACGCUGGGCACCGUGCCGUAUGCCAGCACUCAGAACCGGGCCUUGGCCCCUCCCCCACCCCCCCAACAGCCAGGUUACCAAACUGUGAUGCCAAAUCAAGCACAGAGCUACCAGAGCAUGGCCCCGCAACCCCAGAGUCCAACACUGGUCAGUGGCCAACAUAGCAAUAUGGGAAAUCAAAUGCAAGGCAUGAUGGUCCAGUAUCCCUCAAUGCCGUCUUAUCAGGUAUCCAUGCCUCAAGGUUCCCAGGGCGUGGCCCAGCAGACAUAUCAGCAGCCAAUCAUUAUUCCCAACCAGUCCAGCCAUGGAGCCCUGCCUGCUUCCAGCAUUCAGGUCUACUACAGCAUCCUACCACCUGGGCAACAGAGCACCAUGAGCUCCUCUGUGGGGUUUUUGCCCCCUCCAGGCACGGAGCAGAUGUCAUUCCCUCGCACCUCCUCCCCGUGCAGCUCCCAACAGAUCCCCGUGCAGCAGUGCUCAGGCGUGCCUGCCCCUCCCCCUGGUGGUGGCAUGGUGAUGAUGCCGCUCACGUUAACUCCAGCGCAGCAGGCCCGACCACACUCGCCACCGCAAUGGAAACACAAGUAUCACAGUCUGGACCACCAGCGCAGCCAGAAAUCAGCCGAGCUCUGCAGCCUCGACACUUCCCAGCAGAGUAGCCCCCAGCUGGGGAGCCCAGCAGCAUCGCCUGCACAGUCGCCCACACCCUCCCACCUAACCAGCGGAAAGAACAUCCGGCCCGGCAUGCCCUCUGUUCCCAUCAUGUCCCAGUUCUCCAGAGCCUUUGUCCAAGGGCAAGGUGAUGCACGGUACCCCCUCCUGGGCCAGCCCCUCCGCUAUAGCCCCCAGAUCCGCCCACCUUUACUCCACGCACCUCCCAUGGUCUCUAAUCACCAGGGCCCUGUGGGGAUACGGCAAGCCCCCCGAGGCAGGAAGCCGUCCAGGAAAGCACUGUCUACAGAUCUCAGUGUAGGUGAAGCAGUGAGCGGGCAUGUGCUGGAGGUGACAGACCUGCCCGGGUGCAUCAGCCGGGCUGAGGCUGACUACCUGCUCGGCAAGCUAGGCAGGGCUGGUCAUGUGGUCACCUGGCUCCCGGAGUGCCGAGGUGACGGUCUACGCAUAUGUGAGCCUGCCUCCUCCUACACCGUCCUGGCCACCUUCCCGAUGAGACAGGCUGCGCAAGGGGCCCUGGCUCGCCACAGUGGGGCGGGCCCCUUCAGACUCGCCCCCAGCAAGAGGCACUGUGAGCAGCUAAACUUGGAGAGGGCCAGCUCCCAAUCAGAUUCCUCAGUUUAAGUGUCCCCGCCCACGCCAUGCCCCCUUUAGCCUCAGCAGCCCCCUAUCCCCAUCCACAUUUCCUUUUCAUCACUCCUGUGUUUCUGCUGCCCCGACGAAAAAUGGGCAGUUUUCUCCUUUCCAGUACCCACACU